AUUCAGCAUGACGAACAUAAAUAGGAGCUCUCUCUCUCUCUCAUCGAACGAUCUGAUCUCGUCUCUCUGUGGGCAUAACCUGAUAUCCGCCCCCACUGUUUUAUAACCCCCCGCCCCCUUCCCCUUCCCAAGAACACACAACAUUGCGAAGUCUCCUUCGUCUGUCCAUCCUCUCGCGAUCGUCUCAGUGGUGUCCUCCUGCGCAUGGAUCGGCGGCGGCCGGUGGAGGGCAAGGCGAACAAGAAGCGCGCGAGGGAGGAGCCGGCUCCGGCUCCGGCGGUGGAUUUCCCUUUCGACGAGGCGGCGGCGGCGGCCGACGCCGGGGACGCGUGGCGGCGGCCGCCGGGGGUGUUCCAGUUCCCGUGGCAGAAGUGCCGCGGCGGGCUCGGCGUCUCCGGCGGCGGCGGCGGGUGGGAGCUGCGGGACGUCUUCUUCCGCUCCCUCGUGGACGGCGGCGCCGCGGCCAUCGGCGUGCCGGGCGACCGCCUCGUGUCCCCCCCGCCGGCCAGCAAGCAGCAGCGCGCGCUCUUCGAGGACGUGGACGCGUGGCUCGCGGACGCCGGCGACGGCGAGGUGGACCCCGUCUGGCGCCUGGCGAUCAAGGGCGGCACCGGCCCCGCGUCGUCGGCGGCGGUGUGAGGAUCAAUCGAUAUGAUGACGUUCGAGGGCAUGGCCGGCCCCGUGCAUGCAAUGGCCCCACGUGGCAUUAUUCAGUGCGCAGCGGCGGCCCAUCAGCCUGUGCCUCGUGACGCGCUGGCGUGGAUGGCUUGCCACGGCAGGGGGCAGGACCGGGAAUGUCGAUGAUUAAUUAGCUAGGACGGAUUUUGUUUGUGUACUGGCAGGAGCUAACUAUUUAUUACUCUCCCUUCGUUCUUGAUUACCUAUCAUUUCUUAUUCGAUUUUUCGGUUCUCAAUAGUCAAGAUUUCUCAAACCCUAUGUAAACUGAGGUGAGUUUUUUCUGAACCGAGCUUCUCACCACCUUC